CACCUGCCUCGACGGGUUCGCGUACCAGAACGGCGGGCGGAUGCGGCGCUACAUCGAGCCGACGCUCUACCACGUCUCCCGCAUGGUCAGCAACUCGCUCGCCAUGGCCAAGAAGCUGCCCGGCGCGCCCUCGCCGUCGCCAUCGUCGGCGCAGGCGGAGACGAAGACGGAGGCGACCGCGGCGCCGCGGCAGCCGUUCGUGGGGUACGGGCAGAUGGUGAAGGGGUUCCCGCGGUGGGUGCGUCCCGGGGACCGUCGGCUGCUGCAGGCCCCCGCAUCGGGCAUCAAGGCCGACGCGGUGGUGGCGAAGGACGGGAGCGGGAACUUCACGACGGUGGCGGCGGCGGUGGCGGCGGCGCCGACCAACUCGCGGAGGCGGUACGUGAUCUACAUCAAGGCCGGGGCGUACAUUGAGAACGUGGAUGUCGGGAAGAAGCACGUGAACCUGAUGUUCGUCGGCGACGGCAUCGGCAAGACGGUCAUCAAGGGCAGCCGCAACGUCAUCGACGGCUCCACAACCUUCCGCUCCGCCACGGUCGCUCUUGUGGGCAACAACUUCCUGGGCCGCGACCUGACGAUCGAGAACUCGGCGGGCCCGUCGAAGCACCAGGCGGUGGCGCUCCGGGUGGGCGCGGACCUCUCCGCCUUCUACCGGUGCAGCUUCGUGGGUUACCAGGACACCCUGUACGUGCACUCCCUCCGGCAGUUCUUCCGCGACUGCGACAUCUACGGCACCAUCGACUUCAUCUUCGGCAACGCCGCCGUCGUCUUCCAGAGCUGCAACCUCUACGCCCGGAAGCCGCUCCCGAACCAGAGCAACAUCUUCACGGCGCAGGGCCGGGAGGACCCCAACCAGAACACGGGCAUCUCCAUCCAGCGCUGCAAGGUGGCGGCGGCGUCCGACCUCGCCGGCCAGGAGUCGUCGACCAAGACCUACCUGGGGCGGCCGUGGAAGCAGUACUCCCGCACGGUGUUCCUGCAGUCGGAGCUGGACUCGCUGAUCGACCCCGCCGGGUGGCUCGAGUGGAACGGCAGCUUCGCGCUGGACACGCUCUACUACGGCGAGUACAUGAACACGGGCGCCGGCGCCGGCACGGCCGGGAGGGUCAAGUGGAAGGGGUACCGCGUCAUCACCAGCGCGGCCGAGGCCAGCGCAUUCACCGUCGGGUCAUUCAUCGACGGCGACGUCUGGCUCGCCGGCACGUCCAUCCCCUUCACCACUGGCUUGUGAGCGAGACGUCGCCGCGUCGGUCAGUGAUUCAUUCAUCAGCAAAGUGAUUCUGAUUCACAGGGAGCGAUCGAGAUGGCAAUAAAUGGAUGGCGUAAGUUGAUUGAGAGGUGGAAAGGCACCGAUCCGGUCAUGUGUCUGUCGUUGAUUCUUUUUGUGUUGUUCAAGUCUGUAUACGUGCAUUGCGUGAAUUCGGUACACGGGUCCGAAUGAACUUAAUACUACGUAUAGGUAUUACGACGUUAAAUCUGGUGUACUUUGUUCA